UAGUUUGGUAGGUGUAAGUGAGUACUGUAUUUAAGCAUCCGUACAAACCGCAUGCAAAUUCAGCUCUGCAAAUAUACUUUCCUCUCUGCUUCUAAUACUACUCCCAUUAUUCAACCCACUAGCUAUACCUUUUCUUCUUAUCAAAACAACACAAACCCUAAACACACAUUUCUCUUCUUACCUCUCUCUCUCCUUCUACUUCUUCUUUCUUCUUUCUUCUUUCUUCUUUCUUCUUUCUUCUUUCUUCUUGUUUGAGAAAGAAUGAACCUAGAAGAAAAGGUGACAAUGGACUUGGUUCCACCAUCUGAGCAUCUCUGCUAUGUCCGCUGCAACUUCUGCAACACGGUUCUUGCGGUUGGGAUUCCAUGCAAGAGAUUGCUAGAUACAGUGACAGUGAAAUGCGGUCACUGCAGUAACCUAUCCUUUCUCAGCACCAGACCUCCACUACAAGGUCAAUGCCUUGAUCACCCAUUGACCCUUCAGGUGCUUAUAUAUGUAUGUACCAAGAAGAAGCAGGGUUUUUUCAGUGAUCUUAGAAAGGGACAAUCUUCUUCCUCAUCAUCAUCAACAUCAAGUGAACCCUUGUCACCCAAAGCACCCUUUGUAGUGAAACCACCUGAGAAGAAACAUAGACUUCCAUCUGCUUAUAAUCGGUUUAUGAAGGAGGAGAUACAGCGUAUCAAAGCUGCAAAUCCUGAGAUACCACAUCGAGAAGCCUUUAGCACAGCAGCCAAAAAUUGGGCAAGGUACAUUCCGAACUCUGCGGGUGGAUCAGUUUCUGGAAGCAAUAACAAUGAUUAAAGAAGUGAAAGAAGAAAAAACCUAGAGAAGUUUAGACACUAGAAGAGCAAAGCAAAAACCUAGGACUUUGGAUUAAGCUUCUAUGUGUCAAAUGAAGUUUAUUGUGUUGAUGGUAUUUCUUUUAAAUCUAGAUUGAACUUAAUUAAUUAUAUAUAUUAAAGUUUGCAUGAGGAUUUGAACUUAGCUAUAGCUAGCUAGGUUAAAUAAUUGUAUUAAUCAUUAAUUAAGCAUAUACAUUUGGAUGGUUGAUUUCCCUAAGCUACUACUUUUACUAAA